UAACGGCCAUACCGUGCUAGUACUAGCUAGCUACUGAAGCUAACCCGAGCUGGCUCUAAGGCUUCUCUCGACCAACGCAACAUUCACUGAGUCUGCAAGCGAAGCCUGUCAAAAUGAGCGCUGCCUCCUCCCAAAAAGUUGUCCUGAAAAGCACCACCAAAGUGUCCCUGAAUGAGCGCUUCACUAACAUGCUGAAGAACAAGCAGCCCACUGCAGUUAGCAUUCGAGCCACCAUGCAACAGCAGCAUUUGGCCAGUGCCCGCAAUCGCCGGCUGGCCCAGCAGAUGGAGAACCGGCCCUCAGUGCAAGCUGCUCUGAAUCACAAACAGAGCCUGAAGCAGCGCCUGGGGAAGAGCAACAUCCAGGCCAGGCUGGGCCGGCCCGUCGGGGCUCUAAUGCGUGGAGGAGCUGCUGGAGGCAGAGGAGGAAUGCGAGGGAUGACCAGGGGAGGCCUGCGAGGACGAGGCAGAGGAGGACUGAUGAGGGGCGCUCUGUCCCUGAGAGGGAAGCGAGUGUCUACAGGUGGGCCCAUGCGAGGCCGUGGCUCUGCUGGCCGUCUGGCGAUGCGUAGAGGAGGGCGUCACCGUGGAGGAGCCCCUGGCCGUGGUGGAGCUCUAUCCAGAGGAGCAGCACGAGGAGGAAUAGCCAGAGGACGCGGCGGGCUGCGCGGGCGUGGCGGUUUCGCCGGCCGAGGCGGUCGUGGCCGUGGGCGGGGCCGAGGUGUUGGCCGGCCCACUGUGACCCGCGAACAAUUGGACAACCAGCUGGACGCUUAUAUGUCAAAGACCAAAGGUCACCUGGACGCUGAGCUGGACGCCUACAUGGCACAGGCAGAUCCAGACAGUAUGGAGUGACCCUGAAGGACUCUGAAGGAUAAGCACAUGUAGACUUACUGCAGAACUGUACAGCUGAACUCACACAUACAGUGUAGUGUUGUGCACCAGAUUGUUGUGCGGAGAAAUAAUUGUUUAAUUUAGAUGAGAGCGGUGACAGUCCAGGAUUCUGAACGUUGGAACAGCAGAGUCACUGAAUGUGCUUCGACCACAACGCAAUUCUGCAUCAACCCUGUUCCUGCAAAACCCUUUUAAUUCUAGAAUAACUGUGUGAAGGGACCUUUUUAAACAUUAACAAACUCUGCUGUCUGUAAACUUUUAUGUUUUUUAUAUAUGAAAAACACAUGUUUUAAAUUUGGGACAGAUAUAAUGGUUUCAACCUGGUCAAUUAUCCUGUUGUGUUAACCUUCCUUUGUAACCAUAUUUGCAUUACAUCUUUUUUUUUUUAAACUUGUAUUAUAAAUUUUUUUGGGAUUAAUUUGUUGUCUUAUCUUGAAAACACUUUCAAUGCAAAACUUUUCUAAAUUAUUUGUUAAAAAAGAAUGUAAGCAAAGGGUUUCUAAGCCAAGUAUCCAUAUGUCUUUGUUUUUGUAUUUAAAGGAUGUAGUACUUUUGUUCUUCCAUUUGUCAGCAUUCUUCAGUGGGCUGUUGGCAUUAUUAAACUGUGUUUGACAGCAUUUGUGUAACACUACACAAAGCAAGUAAGAUGGGUUUUAAUGAAAACUGAAAUGGUGAUUUUCCCAAAUGUAUACAUUUUAAUGCCCUUGUGUAAAAGGUUGACCACAAAUCAAAUUGAGUUUCAAUGUGAUGUUUAUCUCAACAUGAAUAAUUAAAUUAGCCAGUGAUGGCAAAUUCCCAAAACAUGAGCUCAAAUUUGAUCCUUCUCUAGUGGACAUGGAUAGACGAGGUCCUCACUUUAUGGAGUAAAUGAUAGCAAGAGUAACUUUCUCUCCUGCUCUGAUCCAAGUCAACAAAUCACAGCUUCAAAGAUGAAGAUAAGGAUGUUCUCUGACACCCAGGCUGAUCUGUUUGUCUUCACUUUGAAGCUGCACACACUCGGCUUGCUUUGUGUUUAAUAGGAGGCAGAUUUGAGAGUCUGGGGCCUUUGCAUUGAGCCUUACCCAACGCUGUUUUAAACAAGCAUUCAGUGUGUGGAUCACCCCCAUCGAUAUUGCACAUUGUCAGUAGACAGAAUGUGUUGGUGCCUCACCAGGCACGAUUUUACAGAUACUCUCUGAAUCAUCUGGUGAAUGAAAAUCUGUCUACCCACAACUCUCAGAAGAGUCUAGUGUAGACAUUUAGUGGUAAUACAUGGGAGUACACUACACAAACUACAAUAAUCCAGUGAUCAGUUUUAGCACGCGUCAAUUUGUCGUAGUUAAUGUAAAAUACACUGGACAAAAGCUAGGCUAGUGAUGGCUAAUAAUGUAAUUUUACUUUAACAACUAUAUCACUUAUUAGGAAUAUGUUAACCCAAGCUGCAGGUGUAAAUAUAAAAGCACUCAGAGCUGCGUCUUUUGCUUCGGGGUCAUCUUCAUCAUGGUCUGGGUGCAUGUCCGGGGCUUCAUCUGUUUUGAGACAACAGCCCAGUUGGUGACAGGACGAAACCCGGAAAUUACAGAAUUACAGGAAUUAGUCUGGACAUGUAUUUUUAUCCUGCGUCAGGACGUUUCAGCAGAUCAUUUAGUUUCUAGGCUCGUUGAAUCGUUUCUUUUCUAACUCACCUCAUUAACAAAAUAGUGGCUGUGACAAUCUUCUACAUCAAACAAAAAAGCAGAUACACUGUAGUGCAGAUAAGCAUACAAUGUAAUGUAAAGGUAAACUAAGGGUGGGAAAGAGCCGCAUCUCGCGAACUGCGCCAGUGUACCCUGUGCGUCUUUCGUCUUUGCCAUGGACAGCCGUGUGCUGUGUAUGCCACUAACAUACAAUACAAAACUCAGAAUCUCCUUAAAUAACAACAUGUGUGACAGGGACGUAUCCAAAGACAGAUACAUUAAGAAAAGUGCGUGAAUAUGAGCAAGAGAUCAUUUUGACAUGGACUACUUGACAUAAGGCAGAACAGUCAGAGUUCUUUCCGACGUUGUCCUUGGUAGCGCGAAGGCUUCUGGAAGAGAGCGCGCAGAACAGAUGGCAGUUGGACGAAGAAAGCAGCUGCUACCCUUGUUGCCACGUCGUUUGGUCAAGAAAUGGAGAAUCACCUGAGAAAUGGGUUUUAUAAAGCUGCUCAAACCAGCAGCAAGUAUCUACAACUGGCUGAUAAGGUGAUGACCUCAUUGCUGGGAGUGUGAUGUGGAAGAGCCCUUGCAGUAUGUGCUGCCCCUCUGGGACAUGAGGUGCAGGUGCAGGAGCAGACCACCAGCCAGCAGGGUUUCUGCUGCAGCCUCCCCUCCUUGCCUCUCUGCACUGAGGCAACAGCAUGGAAGUACAAAGGGUUUGCACUGCAGUAAGAGCCUCCUUAUCCCAAGGCUUCAGCAGGGAUUCAACAAUAAGAGGUCACACUGAUGACAGAAUCAUGAGUCUUAUGGACUUCCAACAGUGGUUUGUGCAGUAGAGCAGAGCCUCCUUUACCCAGCCUCCAUCCAGCCUGAUGUAACACAGAUUGCUGAACCAUCCUGGAGACAUCCAUGAGGACUGUCAGCAGCCCUUCACUAAGCAGCAGAUUGACGCAGAGCUCUGGGACCAGCUGACAACACUGAUCAGUACUUUGAUAUGCUGUCACUUGCUUUGUAAUUAUCACAUUUGUAAAAACAGGUGUGUUUACUGCAUCAGAUUUUGUUUGUUUUCUACUCUGUGCUCAAUAAAAAAAAAUCAGUGACUCAA